GUCUCUGGAGAUAUCAAGAGGUCGGAGUUGUGGACAGAACUGUACGCUUGUGGAUUAAGAAAUGGAUGGCCCUCCAGUGCCUUCGCAAAUUACUGACAAAAUUUCAAGCGAAAUACCUUUGUUGUAGCUGAACCAAGAACCGAAAAUUCCUAGUGUAAAGAAUCUACUCCUAAUUCCCAUCACUUUCUCUCUCUUGCUAGGUUGUUCCUUUGAACCAUUUCCUUGAAAGAUUUUUUUCAUGUUGAAAGUUCAGCUUAUUGUUUCAUUUGUCUGCAGUUGUAUAUCACUCUUAGCUCGUAUCUGCUUGUUAUUCAACCACUUAUUAACCCAUAAACAGCGGGAUCUUGAAUUUCCCAUUUUUCUUUCAAGACCCCAUUUAUUUUCUUGGAUUCAUGGCAGCCCUGUUGACUUCUGUGCCCCCUAUAACGAACCCAUGUUCAGAAAAUGCAAGAAAACCACAUGGGUUCUUUUCCCACAUCUCAAAACUCCAUUCCAUUUCACUCAACAAGGGUUUCUCUAGAGUUUUAGCAGCUACUACGUCUACAUAGAGGACAAUUUCCCCAGAGGAAACUGUAUUCCAACUGCCCAAUUGGAGGUGUGGCGAGAUUGACUCUAGAACUAGGGGUAUAAACCUUAAUGAUGCGUUUCUGUAUAUGGAAUACAUGGUUGGGAAGGACUACAAGCCUGAUUUCGAUCAAACCACUCAACUGUUGCAUGAUCUAUGCAGCUGCGGCAGAACCCAAAGAGCGGCUAGAGUGAUGGAGAUGAUGGUUCGGUCAGGUUGUCCACCGGACGCGUAUACAUAUUCUAUGUUUGUGGGUCAUUUGCGUAAGAGAAGGAUUGUUAGGCACGCGAUGCAGAUAGUGAAGCAAAUGGAGGAAUUAGGGUACCCAACCAAUAUUGAUACUUACAAUGCUUUUAUUAAAGGGAGUUGUGCACGGGGAAAUUUGAAUCAGGCCGUCCAAUUUGUAGACAGAUUGAUGCAGAAGGGAUUGGUCCCAAAUGCAUGCACUUACUCAUACUUGGUAGAAGUUACUUAUAAGCAUAGAGGCGUAGAUGAAGCAAUGAAACUCAUGGAUGGGAUAAUUGCCAUGGGUGGAACAUUUAAUUUGUUUAGUUACAAUAAUUUGUUAAAUGGGUUGUGCGGGGUCAAUUUAUUUAGGGGUUUGCCAUCUAAGAGCCCUAAGGGGCUUAUUCCCAAUACAAUGAGCUAUAAUAUUUUGUUAAAGGAAGGGCGGUGGGAAGAGGCAAAUGGGCUUAUUGCAGAAAUGGUAGGUGAGGUUCGCUCUCCAUCGGUGAUUACAUAUAAUAUCCUAAUCAGUUCACUCAGUUGUCAUGGCCGAACAGAUCAUGCUCUGGAGUUGUUGGAUGAAAUGUUUGGUGGUCCAUUCAAGCCCACUGCUGCCACCUACAAUCCAAUUGUUUCUUAGCUAGAGGGGAAAGUCAAUGUUGUAAUUAGCUUUCUUUACAAGUUGUUUUCUCGCCGUUGCUAUCCCAACGAAGGAACAUAUAAUGCCAUUGCUGUGCUUUGUGAUGAAGGGAAGGCACAAGAGGCUUUCUCCAUAAUUGAUAGCUUGAGUACCAAACAGGUCUCUUACAAAGGUGUCAUUUCAAGCUUGUGUAAGAAAGGAAACUCUUAUCCCGCAUUACAGCUUCUGUACUACAUGACGAAGUGUGGAUUUACUCCUGAUCCUUUUGUGUAUUCCUUUUUACUCAAAGGACUGUGCAUGCAAGGAAUGCUAAACGAGGCCAUGGAGAUACUCACGAUCCUGGAAGAAUACAAUUACGAGCCUGAUGUUGACAAUUUUAACUCCCUUAUCUUUGGUUUAGGAAGAGCUCGAAGAACAGAUUUGGCAUUGGGGAUUUAUGAGAAGAUGAUUGAAAAAGGGCAUAUUCCUACUCCGUUAACUUUUGUCUUUUUGGUGGAAGGCAUUAUUGGAGAAGAAGAAAAGGAGCUCGCACUGUAUGUUUUAAAUGAGUUGCAUUCGAGGGAAGUCAUAAGUAAGAAUACAUUGGAGAGGUUUGUCAUCCAACAUGAUCUUGAGGGGUUUUCAUUAUAGAUAUUCAAUGGAAUUUACAUAGUGAAAUGCAAGGAAUUAACACGGUGGAAAGCAAACAGGACCCGAGAUUUGUGAGUAAUAACAAACUAAUAAAAGAGAGAUCUCGGUUGUAUGAGGUGCAAAAGAAAUGAAGGCCAGCGCACAAUAUUUCAGAUUUUACUGAGAAGUCAAACCUUUUGAAGGUGGCAAAGGAACGAGUUGCAGUUUGAUGAAUGUUUUCAUUCUAUUCUCCCAAGUCCCAGGUUGUGGAUGUGCUUCCCUUGCGUCUGUGUUUUUCUUUUUUCUUUAUGUCCAUCUAUAUUCUUUUCUUCUCUUGUCUGGUUAAGUCUAGUGUCAUAUCUUUGGAGGCUCUAAUAUAUGUUUUUGUGUAACAUGCUUCUUUGGUGAGUCAGUUUGGGUGGUGUAUCAGGUUAGGUUCCUAUGUUGGUUGAGUUUGGGAGGCACACUGGUUGUUUGUUUCCCGGGGGGGAGCUCAUCUGGUGUUUGGAGUCUUUUUGGGUCUGGUUUUUCUCUUGGGUUGCGUUUGGAGUCUCCUCAUCUUACUAGGUGUCGGGGGUUGGAGUUUGAGUCUUUCAUUUCCAACUGGUGUCCGUGCUUCAGGGUCUGAGUUCUCUUGGGGUUGGGUGUCUGUGCUAUCAUCUUUUGCUUUAUAUAGUUGGGUUUGUGGCUGUCAUUGUUGGCUUCAUCUCUAACACUAUGGGUUGUUUCUGUCAUGGAUUAGGCCUUCACCAUGACUUUCAUCCAUAUGUGCUACGUAUCUGAAGGAUUAUCAGCCUUUAUCAUCCAUUACGGCUUCUCACUUGUAUCAUUUUAGGAUCUGUUGCUACCACAUUUUGAAGGGUCGCUCAUUGAUAUUGCUUAUUCUUAAAUCACUAUGGGAAUUGCUGCUACAUUUUGAAGGAAAACCUGCCUUUGGUCUCAUGUGCUGCUGCUGCUGCAAAAUUCGUAGACAAAUCAGCCUUUUGGAUUUCAAUAUGGUUUUCCAAGCUUCUGUUGAUUUUCUUGGAGGAAUAUCAGUCAUAUUUCCUCUCUGAUUCAAGUGCGAACUGAGGGUUGCAGUCGCCAAUUUUGAUUUAUGUCCAAAAAGAGGAAAGGAUAAUGUAAUCUGUCUCUUGGCUGUUUUUUUUCAUUUUUUUUUUCCGGGUGUUUGAACUAUAUCAUGCGCUAUCUGUUUAGAUGCACUAUCUGUUUGGGUGGUGUAAGUUUUCAUCUGUGCUAUUGAAAUCUUGCCAAUUGGGGUAUCUUUUGAACUCGGGUUGGCAUAUGAUUGUCGAACCUAUGGAGUGCCAACAUAGUUGGAAUGUCAUUCGUUUGUUGUGACGCCUUUCUUUCCCACUCCAUUCUAUUGAAACGAUCUUGGUUAUCAAUA